GGCGCACUCUGCGGAUCAGUCGCCCUCCAGCCACCGCCCCAGAUACGAGUUUAGCCACUUCCGGCCCUCCUCUUCGCUAGUCGGACGUGUGUCUCCUCUUUCGCCGCCCGACGUCCACCGGUGCUUCGCCUUUUUUUCCGUUCCCUUCUCACGGUAGCCGCCCGGCUCGUUCACGCGGAACCUUCCCUCUUCGGUUUCCGUUACGGCUUCAACCGUUAACUUCGUUCGUUCGCGGAUAGCAAGAGCACACGGCUAGGAAACAUGCUGAUCGGUCUCGUGCGCGACUCAGUGCUGCAGUGCUUCUGUCACAGCUGCAAGGCACCCCUGGGCAUCGUAGCGGGCGAUAGGAGGGGCAACGCGCCCUUCAAGAAGCCGAGCGGCAAAGGAAAGCCGCGGACCAAGCAGCCGAAGAAAGUGAAGUUCAUCACGACUGAGAUUCGAUGCCAGGAGAAAUCCAAGGGUGGACUCUGCUACGAGGUGAUCUUAGCGGAGCCGACAGUGCCGAAGAGAGCACCGUCGCCGCCGCAGACGAGCCCGACUCAACAAGUCGCUAUCGAGGACAAGCUCAGAGCGGCGGAGGAGAGAAGACUUUCGCUGGAGGCUCAUAAGCUCGCCGCUCUCGCCGCUAAGCUUAGCAAAAUCGAGGAAGCGGCUCGCAAGAAGGAUGAGCUUAGCGCCGCUUUCAUCGCUGCGACCCGCGAGUCGUUGCAUGCCAAGAUGAACAACACUGAGGAGAAGCGAGAGGCACACAUCGCGGAGCUGAAGAACAAGCUGAAGGAACAUUUCGAAAGUAUCGAGAAGAGUCGUUUGAGUCUUGAACAGCAGACCAAGGAGGUUCGUUGCGCCAUCGAGGAGAAGCUGCAGACCGCUGCUGCUCAACGCGAUGACAACAUCAAGAGGAUGCUGGUUCGCCUUAAGGAACAUGAAGAACAAGCGGCUCGCGUACGUCAGGCAAUAUCCGAACGCGUUCAACAGCUGGAGACCCAAAUUCAAGACAAGCUGGACCAGGCCCGUGAACGUCGCGAGGACAUCGAGCGCGAUCAGAAGGAAAAGCUACGUAAACAUAACACUGAGAAGGUAGCAAAAAUGCGCAAGGCAGCGGAAGACAGCACUCCGAAGAUAAGGUGCAUUUGUACGCAUAGGAUUGAUACUGCGGAGAAGAACCGAUGGCGAGAAAUUCAACGUCGUGUGGAGGCUAUUCGCCAGCAUGAGAUGCACGCCGAGAUGGUGAGACAGAACAAAGCGGCUCUGUCCGAGCUGUCGGCCAUGUACUCCGAGAACGAGACCGCCAGCUCUGGGUAAACGGAAUGGGAUCGUUCACGACCGCGAUCCUCGUUAAAAAUACCUUCUCAUCGUUGCAAUAAAUCGAGGAAAGAGGAGAGCCCGGAUUCGACUAACGGAGGCGCUUGCAGUGUCACUCGCUGAAUAGGUCAACGGAGUUCACGUGUUUCAAUUUCGGAAUAAAACCAGGAGGGUCGCGCCCGUCGUCCUCGACGAGGCUCCGCUUACGCUUUGUGCCAUUUUCGUUCGCUGGAUGAAACAAACAAACAAACUAAAGAACAAAAACACGAGAUAAAUUUUCAAGGAAACUUGCAAGCGAUCGUAGCUGCCGGAGAGAUUUGCAAUUUUAACGAUCAUUAUUUAAUCACAGCGAUUAAAUUAGGGAGACACGACGUUUGAUUAGAUAAGAGAGAAAAAGUAACACGGUGGCCGUGUGCCUCACCGUCCUCCUUUCUCUUCUUCUUCUUCUUCAUCUUUUUUUAAUAACCGUCUCCCAGUUUGUACUCGUGCAAGAAAAUUACUGCCUUCGUCUAACUGAAAACUCGUUUGUUUUUUAUGGGGAAAAGGAGGGGUUGCACAGAUAUAUUAUACACGUACUAAUCUAAGAUUUUGGAUACGACGUGUAAAAUAUUCAUUUUUCAGUUCUAACGUGCCUACCACUUACACGACUGUAGAUCUUCUACGAGAUGGCAUUAUAAUGAUUAACUUCUCUGUGUUUGUGAUUGAUUGUGUAUGUUGGCGUCACUGAUAUUUUAAGAUCUCUUUUUUUUUAUACAUUCUUUUUAAAUAACUCGCUUGUUUUCAAUAUAUACUUAUAUAUUAUUUCA